AUGGGGGAUUAUUACAUGGCUAUCAUGCUUAACCGAAGCGAAGAGGAGCGGGAGACUAUUUUAGCCGAGGCUCGUGAGUGCGACCUUAAUCAUCCUUGGCCUAUUUAUGAAUAUAGCCCAAAGCUUCACCUUGACACGACACCUGAAGAGUUGCUGUCCCCCGAAAUACUUGCGAUGCCGUUUGGCGAUGUAUUGAAUAAAUACUCUGAGCUGGACGGUAUGGUUCAAGCUCGCAUCAAGUUCUUCUUUCGGCAGAAAUUGGGUAUUCUCGAGGAGCAUAGUCGUCAGAUUCUUUAUGGUACUGCUGGUUCUCUUAAACCACUAGCGCUAAGUCGUGCUGAUGCUACUGAGGGUACCACAACGGGUGAAAGCGAGGUGAGAGGAACCGAACAACUAAAGGAUGAGGUGAAGCCAAAGGUUUCUAUCAAGAUCCCGGCUCCGGUGUUGAAGAAACGAGGACUUUUUGUCAGUUCCGUUCUUCGCAAGUUACAUGUCGCCGAGUGGCUUCAGUAG